UCCCAUCUCUCCCACGGCCUCUCCAGCAGGAUGUUUUUGCCAGAGCGCCGGGCGUCCAUCGCCGCCACGCGUGCCUGAGCGGCGGAAGGUUCUUCCACGCGCGGAGGCAGAAGGCGAGCAGAAAGGCGUCCCACGCCAGCGUCAGAGGGUGGAGGAGGGGCCCAGGGCCAGGGGACGAUGGCUGCCAUGACGACGGUGCCCGGCUACAGCCCCUCGCUGUGGGUGAGAGUGUGUCACGCUCUCCCCCGGCUGGACCUGGCCAUGCAGAUGAGGGACAACGUCUUUGCCCCCGACAGCUGGGAGUACCAGCAGACCCUGCUGGUCCUGUCCAGCGUGUCGGCCGUGGCCCUGGUGGUCUCCCUCCUGGUGGUCCUGUCCUUCCUCAUCCAUUACUGCUGCUGUCACCGUGGCGACCGCGGCGACGGCUCGGAGGAGGAGGAGGAGGACGAGGACGGCAGCACGGGUCACGGCUACAGCGGCAAGAAGGGCCGAGGGAUCUGCUGCGUCACCUGGGUCGCCGUGGCCGCCGUCACGCUCUGCUGUGUUGCCAUUGGCGUCGGUUUCUAUGGCAACAGCGAGGCUAAUGAUGGGAUGUAUCAGCUGACCUCGUCUCUUCUCACCGCCAAUUACACGCUGGCCUCCAUCGACUUGCUGAUCUCGGACACCAUCAACGGGCUGCAGCUGUCGGUGUCGGGGCCCCUGAGCACCCUGGAGGAGAUGUUCACGGGCAGCAAGCCCUUCCUGGUGUCCACACGGAACUGCCGCAGAUUGUCAGACAACGUGAUCAGCCUGCUGUCCUCCGUCUCGCUGGCCCGCCCCGGCUGGGACGCGGGACUGAGCAACGACAGCGGCGUCAGCGGGGCCUCCAUCAUACCGCUCACCCCCGUGCCGCCCUCCGUGGCCCCCACCGUGGCGCCCGCCGCCGGCUUGCUGCCGGGGCCCUUCUCACCUGGCUGGGCGGCCAACACGCUGAUGGUGAACGAGGACUACAGGUGGUUGUCCUACGUGCUGCUGCUGCUGCUGGACCUCAUCGUCUGCUUCUUCAUCCUGCUGGGAUUGGCCAAGCAAGCGCGAUGGCUGCUCAUCCUGAUGACGGUGCUGGCCUGGCUGGCUCUCUUCCUGAGCUGGGGCUCUCUGGGCCUGGAGACCGGCUCCGUGGUGGCUCUCAGCGACUUCUGCUGGGAUCCAAACACGUUUGUGCUCAACUCCACUAACUUCAACACAGGAACCAGCCCAGACGUGCUGGACUACUACCUGACCUGCAGCCGGCGCAUGAAGAGUCCUUUCCAGCAGCUCCUCACACAGUCCCAGAGGGCUCUGUCCAACAUCCACACCCACCUGUCCAGCCUGGAUCGUAACGCCCUCACCCAGUUCCCUAAAGCCGAGAAGUCGCUCAGGGACGUCCAGCAGAUCCUCAACAGCACAGAAGGCAACUUCCACCAGCUGGUGGCGCUGCUCAACUGCCGAGGCCUCAACAAGGACUACACGGACUCGCUGAAGGGCCUGUGCUACGACGGCAUGGAGGGCCUGCUCUACCUCUCGCUCUACUCCUUCCUGUCGGCGCUCGCCUUCACCGCCAUCCUCUGCUCUCUGCCCGGCGCCUGGAGGAGCUUCCCCAGCGAUUCGGACGAGUACGAGGACUCGGACAGCGAGAGUGAGGACCCCUUCACCUCCCAUCAGGCACGUAGACAGACGGCCUCGGGGUCUUCCCAGCGCGGGGCCAUGGCCCCCUUCUAUAAUUACCCGGGGGCCGGGUGGACACCCCCCUUUUCUAGCGCGCCGCCCCUCCCGACUCCAAACGUUUCCUCCAAUGGCAACCCUGGCUAUGAGAGCCUCCCCCUGACCGCCAGGCAGUCCCCACCCCCCUCUUACUCUCCCAGCAUGCUGACUGGUUACGGGGCGAGUCAAUCACACCCCAACCCCGCCCACUCCAGGAACCUGUACUCACGCUGAUAACCACUUUGGAUUUUUUCUGUCUUUUCUUAGGGAAAAUGUAUAGGAGGAAAGAAAUGUUUACUUUUCAUAUGAAUGGACACUUUAAAAAAACAAAACAAACAAACAAAAAAAAAACAAA